CUCUGAUUGGCUGGAUCCGUGGAGGCGCUUCCUGUAUUCUGGCGCGGUUCUCCUUUGGGUGGCCAGGGAACCAGUGGCGGCGGCUGUGCCGGUGGAGGGCCCGCGGGUGGCCCUUGCCACCGGGCGAUGGCUGUCUGCUGGGCGAGCGCGGCCUGGGUGCGGUAAGAUCUUUCUGGUGUAUUCACCAUGGUCUGGGAACGGAAAUGUAUAUUAUGCCACAUCACAUACAACUCAAAAAAGGAGAUGGAUGAGCACAUGAGAAGUAUGCUUCAUCACAGAGAACUUGAAAACAUCAAAGGGAGGGACAGCAAUCAUGAGUGCCAGGUGUGUAGGGUGACAGUGGUGGGCUUGUCAGCAUAUGCUAAGCACAUCUCCAGCCAGUUGCACAAAGACAACGUUGAAGCCCACGAUGCAGAGGACGGGAAAGAAGAGGCCAAUGAACAAUACUUCGACAAGGAACUCAUCCAGUUAAUACAAAAAAGAAACAAACAAAACCGAGCAGAUGAAAUGUGCCGCAUGAACCAUGGAACAGAAGGAGAUGACAGGCAUUUGCAAAGACAACAAAAUGAUAGAACCUCUUAUCAAGACCGAGACGUAUUUGAUUCAUCAUCAAGGUAUCGCCAUGGGCCAUCACAGAGAGACUGGAAAUGGGAAAAAGAUGGCUUCUCAAAUCCAAGACAAGGCAAAUUCACACAUUCUGCAAGAAAGCCUAAUAAUAUGACUAGGCAUCUCACUAGCCAAAGAGGACGACCUGGAUGGCAUCCAAAUAAUUUGGGAGGACCUUCAAAUUGGUAUCACAACUAUGGGAAUCCUGGAGGUGCUUGGCAUAUGAAUUCUGGAGGUGGAACAUCUAGCUGGCAUCACAGCGGCAGGGGAAGGAAUUCCAACUGGAAUUCAAAAGGAAAUAAUAUUUUUUCUAAUUGGCAGGCCAAAAAUACAGGUGGAAACUGGAAGUCCGGUCAGCAGAAGACAAAUGAAUGGAACUCUGGACGAAGCAGAGCUGCAAACAAUAAUUCCCAGACAGAGAGCAUGGAUGCCUCGUGGUUAAAAAGCAAGGGCAUGCAAGAUAAAUACAGGAUACAAGGCUAUGUUUGGCAGUGGCAGGAGCAUGAUUCUAUAGCAUCUUAUGCAGAUCUAGCCAAUGAAAAUGAUGACAUGAAUUCCUUAUUAGAUUUCACAAGUGAUCAGCUAUCUUCAGAUCAAUUAUUAAACUUUGUGUCCGAGCAACUAGACUGCAAGACCUCUAAAAUCAAUGGAAAGGGCAGCAGCCCCUCCCGAGAAAAGACAAAUCGCUGGGCUCCGUAUCCUUCUCAGAAAACUAUAGAACAGCAUCCACUGUUGGAUGAGAAAACUCCAGAAAAAACAGGUUUUGCCCAUUCCUCUUCCUCUCAGCUGUCUGUAAAAUUGGCAGAGUCUAAAGCUGUCAAUUCAAAAGGGAAAAAAUGGGAAGAAACUUAUUCGGGAUCUUCAAAUAACAAAAUGGUAGGCAACAAAUUCGUGUCCUGCAGAGGGUCGACAGACUGCACUAUUGAGAUGAAAACAGACCAGACUGAGGGCAAAAGCAAUAGGAUGCCAUCCCUAAAAUCACCACUCCUAGCUAUUCCAGACAUGAAGUCAUCUUCACAAAAAAGAAGUCCAAAGAAUCUCUUGAAACAAGUCCAGCUUUUGUUAUCCUCAUCUUCUGGAGAAUGUCAGAGCCGAGUAAACAUGCUAAAUGUAGAAGGUAAAAGUUCAUCAUCAUAUGGACCUAAACUAAACAACAACUGUAAUAACUGUAAUUAUUUAAAAGAUAGCAAACAUUUGUUAAGUAGCAAUGGGAGUUUAACUGAAGAAUUACACAAGACCAAAGAGGAACUGCAGUGCAACUGUUCUUCCCAAAACACUCUUUCAAGCACUUGUAGAGGUACUCAAACUGACAGGAAAGACAAUUGGAAUAUUAAGGAUCCUGAACAUGAUUUAAAGAUGGAGGAGUCCCAGACAGAAGUAUUGGAAAAUGAGAGCCACAGAGAUGUAACGGGAAACCAAAAUACUGUUUCAAAUACUUGCUCACCUUGUGCACAGACUGCUUCAGACCAUACUGCAGCCCCAAAAAGUAACUACAUAAAAGAAUUAGAUGAUGCCGAUAAACAAUCUACCAAAUUCCAAAUGGACCUUCUCAAUUUGCAAUUCAGUGGUGAACACGACUUAGAUAUUGACUUGAAAGCUUCACUGGAAGAAGAUAAUGAAGAAGAUACUUUAAAAUCAAAUAGUGCUCUUGAAGAUGAAGGCUGUGGGAUUCAUUCAAACCAUGAACUACAGAAAGAUGCAGCAUCAGGGCAUCUGCUUCCUGAACUAAGUAAACUUGGCUUCCCAGCUUAUCUCCAAAGAGACCUGACAUGGCGCACCAGUUUGAAGAGCAAAACUGGCUCACAUCUACCAGAGCCGAACCUGAACAGUGCAAGACGUAUUCGAAAUGUUAGCGGCCAUAGAAAAAGUGAAACUGAGAAGGAAUCGGGACUCAAGCCUACCUUGCGGCAGAUUAUUAGUGUGUCUCGUAGAAAUGUAAACUGGGAACAGGUCAUUCAACAAGUGACAAAGAAGAAGCAAGAACUUGGCAAAGGUUUACCAAGAUUUGGUAUUGAAAUGGUUCCCCUCAUCCAGAAUGAACAAGAGGGUCUUGAUUUGGAUGACGAAGCUGACCUGGCCACACUUGAAGGAUUCCAGUGGGAAGGGAUAUCCAUAGGCUCCCCUGGGACUGUGAGGAAACGUAGCCUCUCCGAAAGCAGUGUGGCUAUAGAAAAGACAGCCUCUGUUUACAGUUUUUUCAGCCACCAAAGAAUGACCAAGGAAAAGGAAAAAAUCAGUUCAGUUGCCAACACUGAGAACAUAACUUCUAGAUCCCAGAUGCUUGCAGACAUUGAGACCAGUGUGAAACAAGAAUCCACUUCCCUUCCUUCUUCACCAUUCAUGUCUGAAAGGGCUGACUUAGAAAGACAGCUCAGCCUACAGACGCCGCCUGAUGUGAACAGAGUCUCAGCAUUUAGUGAAAGCGAAACCCAGAGAAGCUCUGAUUAUGGAAUCCGGUCACUUGAAAGCCAAGAUAUGCUGGAGAGUCCAGGGGAGAGAUACUACAUGGGUUCAGCCUUUACUACCUGUAGUACUCUAGAUAUCGCUACGGACAGCAGCUGUACGUCAGGCAAUGAGCAGAAUGAUAGCCAGGGAACUGGCAAAAAGAGAAGAGCAACUGGAGAGGGAUCCUCUCCUGAGAUUCCUAGUCUAGAAAGAAAGAAUAAACGAAGGAAGAUUAAAGGCAAAAAAGAGCGUUCUCAAGUGGACCAGUUGCUGUCUGUAUCCCUAAGAGAAGAAGAGCUGAACAAAUCCUUGCAAUGUGUGGAUGGAAGCCUAGUGCAGGCCCGGGCUGCUCUUCAGGCAGCUUAUAUUGAAGUCCAGCGACUGAUGAUGAUGAAACAUCAGAUAUCAGUGGAAAUGGGAACUUUGAGAACCCAGAGAAUUCAGAUCCUGCAAGGGCUGCAAGAAAGCUUUGAUCCUUCAGAGCACUCACAGCAGCUUUGUUCCAAUGGCUCAACUGAAAAUAGAGGCAAGCUUCAGCCAACACAGGAUCUUACUGUAGAUCCAGGUCUUGUUGUUCCUCUGUUGGAGUCUGUUUCACCCCUCCCUUUCCAGCUCCCCGCUGCUCCUUUGGCUGCCACCAUCCAGAUAAAUGGGUCACCUACAUUCCAAACCACCUGCAGCCUUGGAACCAUCACCGUCCCUGACUUAUCUGUUCAGAUCAAGCAAGAAUGUACCUCUCCAAAGCCUGGGGAAGAGAACAGAAAUGGUACUGAACAGAGCUCCCUGUGUUCCUCACAAGUGGCACUUCAGUUUCAUGAUGGGAAUACAAGUCAACAGCCUUCGCUGUACCCAGCUAUCAAUGCUGCCAUGACCUUGUCAGGACUCCUUGAUUUCCAAGAACCUUAUCAAGAUAUGCGGAACCUUGUUUCAGAUAAGGACAGGACCAGGUUACCUGGUCCCUCUUCCAUUAGCUAUUCACCCUUGCACGUGUCAGUGCAGACAGAAGAAGAGAAAGUGUCAGGAGACAAAAACAUCUUAGAGCAAUGUAGUCGUUCACUUCAAAACCAGACCUUUCCUUCUGAUCCAGUUUUGAAGGAAGAUUCCAAAAGGAAAAUGGAACAGCCAAAGCAAAUGGCGGUCUCUACUCUGAAUUCCUUAGAAAGUAAAAUGAAGAAAAAGAAAAAAUUGAAAAAGAAGAAGGCACUGCGAGCAGCAGCCCGUGUGCCUGAGAACAGUGAUACAGAACAAGAUGUAAGUGAUUCAAAACCUCUCAGGAAAAUCAAGACAAUCAAGGCCCCCAAAGGGGGAAACGUGACAACAUCCAGCCUCCCAAAGCAAGAGGAUGCUCCUGAGGAAGGAAAGAAGGCAAAAGAUGAGAAUGAAAGUGACACAUCUCUGGAAUUUGUGGAAGUUCCGAAAUCUCCUCUUGAAGUGGUAACCAUCCCCUCAUCAGAGUCAGGAGAUGAGAAACCAGACAGCCCUUCCAAAAGGAUUGCCUUGAGCUCCUCAGAACAAAUUUUAAGAGAAGCGUCUCGAUCUGGCUAUGAUGAAGUGAGUUCUACUAGUGAGAUUGGAACACUCUAUAGGGACGGUGUAGCUAGAAGUAUAGCUGAGACUCAAAUGUCUAUAUCAACAUUGAGAGGAUCAAAAAACUCAUCAGAAGUAUCUUCAGAGCCAGGGGAGGAAGAAGAACCUACGGAAGGGGUUUUUGAGGGCCAUUCAGCUUCAGUAAAUGCCAUUCAGAUCUUUGGGAAUUUGCUCUACACCUGCUCAGCAGACAAAACUAUCCGUGCAUUUAACUUAGUGAACAGGAAGUGUGUUGGUGUCUUUGAAGGGCAUACCUCAAAAGUGAACUGCCUCCUGGUGACUCAUACAACAGGGAAAAAUGCAGCACUCUAUUCAGGUUCCAGUGACCACAGCAUAAAUUGUUAUAACAUCAAGACUAGAAAACUUCUGGAUCAGAUAAAAUUAGAUGACCGUGUGCUCUGCCUGCAUAGUAGAUGGAGGAUACUUUAUGCAGGACUUGCAAAUGGAAAUGUGGUUACUUUCAAUAUAAAAAACAACAAGCAACUUGAUGUCUUUGAAUGCCAUGGUCCCCGAGCGAUCAGCUGUCUUGCCACCGCCCAAGAAGGGGCACGAAGGUUGCUGAUAGUGGGGUCCUAUGAUUCUACAAUCAGUGUGCGAGAUGCCCGAAACGGACUUCUGCUUCGGACCCUUGAAGGUCACAGCAAAACUGUACUCUGUAUGAAGGUUGUGAAUGAUCUGGUGUUCAGUGGCUCCAGUGACCAGUCUGUUCAUGCCCACAACAUACAUACUGGGGAGUUGGUGCGGAUCUACAAAGGUCACAACCAUGCAGUAACAGUUGUGAACAUCUUGGGAAAGGUGAUGGUAACAGCCUGCUUGGACAAAUGUGUUCGUGUUUAUGAGUUGCAGUCCCAUGAUCGUUUGCAAGUCUAUGGAGGACAUUCGGAUAUGAUUAUGUGCAUGACCAUUCAUAAGAGCAUGAUCUAUACAGGUUGUUAUGAUGGUAGCAUCCAAGCUGUGCGGCUGAACUUGAUGCAGAAUUAUCGUUGUUGGUGGCAUGGAUGUUCACUCAUAUUUGGAGUUGUAGACCACCUGAAGCAGCAUUUAUUAAAUGACCACACCAACCCAAAUUUUCAAACGUUAAAGUGCCGCUGGAAGAACUGUGAUGCUUUCUUCACCUCCAGGAAAGGUUCCAAGCAGGAUGCUGUGGGACAUAUUGAAAAACAUGCAGAAGAUGAUAGCAAGAUUGACCCAUGAAGCUUUUUUGCCUCCCACAUUGGGAAGUUCUUUUUAUAAACUGGAAGUAUUCCAUGCCUUGUCUGCCUCUAGCCUGGUCCUUUUUUCUUCCCCAAUUCAUAUUUGGAGUAGGAAAAGGACUUAGGCCUUCCCCCCUUUUUUCUUUUUUGAUACAGAGACAGCAUCUUGCUUGCAGCUCUGUAGAGAAGGAAAUGACUGACAGACCAAACAAAAGAAUGUUGAAUUCAUUAACCGUAACAAGUCCAUUUGUUUUGUCUUCCCUUUUAAAAAAAAUAUUGCAAACUUCUAAAAUGUGUUAUUUAGAGAAAUGUUUAGUACACUGGGUGCCUACAUACAUUAUUAACCUUUCUGUUUUUAUGUUGUAUAUCAGAUCUUCUCAGGCAGUUUAUAGAUUGAGAUUUGGGCAAUAAUGACGAUGAUAAUAAAAUACAGACUAGAAAAUACCAUUUAAAUAUUGAGUGCUGCCUUUCCUUUCAUAGUAUCUCUCUUUUGAUGAGAGACCUUAAAGGGAAGAAUAGGCAUGCAGGAAUUGUUUCCUUUUUAAUCUUCAGUUUAUAUUAUGAGUUAGCCUACACUUUCAAGACAUGAUGCAAUGACUCAGAGCAAUGAGUUCAAAUUAUGGAAAAGAGAUUCCACCUUAAUAUUAAGAAGAACUUCCUGACCGUAACAGAUGUUUAAUAGUGGAACUCACUGCCUCGGAGUGUGGUGGAAGCUCCUCCUUUGGGGGCUUUUAAACAGAGGCUGGAUGGCCAUCUAUUGGGGAGCUUUGAUUGUGCUGUUCUUACAUGGUGGGGGUUGAAAUAGAUGGCACGUUUGGCCUCUUCCAACUAUGAUUCUAUGACUUUUCCAAACUGAACAGCAGAAUCUAUCUGAACUAGAAGGAACAUCAUCUAAGUAGCCUGUUUUUUCCACUUUUAAUUACUGCACCUUGGUGCAAAGGCUAGUGCAGAUAAUAAUGUCAUCUUUUAAGCAUUUGUACCCAUAUGUUUAUAUUCAGUGCUUUCUUGAUGCAGGAACAGGCCUAGUCCCUGAUUUUGGAAGUUUUUGACCUAUUGUGACAUUUUAAGUUGCUGAGCUUUGGAGUCCUGCAUUGAAUCUGAACAUGUUCACUGCUGUCUAAUUGACACAUGGCCACCCUUGUGUUUUUAAAACAGCAUUUUGAUUGGACCACUUUCCCUAGUGUAAUCCGGUUUUUAUUUCUGCCAAAUUCCUUUUUUUGUAGUUUGAAUGUUACUGCGAAAUGAAAAGGCUAUUGGAUGUAAAAUAUGAACUUUUAAAAUCCAAGGAGCCUAAGCAGAAGCUGAGAAUAUCAUGUAUGUCUGUUGUGCUGCCAUUUACUGUAAUGAAGUAGAAGUAGCAACCUACAAAAUCAAUAUAAUGGGAAGACAAUAAUUAAGAAUGAUUGAAAUGGGUUUGUGGGAACUUUGGUGCUGUUCUCUUGGGGAGGAUGUAGCAGUUCCCAUACUCAAGUUUAUAAGGGUCCCCCCCUCCCUUUAGCUCUAAACCAGCUUUCUUCUUAUCGCUGGCUUCAGUCUUUAUUUGGUUUAUUCCAGAGGGAAAAUGAGAAUCCCUGUAACAGUCUUGAAAUGCCUACCUAUGUAGGCCUUAACUUCUUUCAUUUUAUUGUUUCUGAUAAUGUCUAAAUAUUAAGAGAGCAACGUUGUUUACAACAUUUGGAAAUUUGAGGUAAUGCACACGCAGCUGCCUGUAAGAACAGACCUGUAUCUGGAAGUUGCUUUUAACUCAACAUGAAAACUUGUCAGAGGACUUGGACAUGUUGUGGACUUUGUCCAAUCUUCAGUAUAUUUGCAGCAUGUAAAAUUGUUUUAAAAGCAUCAUGUUUCUUUAGAUUAGUGAUUCUUAUGCUUUGAUUCUCCAGACGUUUUGGAUUUCAACUAUUGGCAUCUCUGAUUAUUGGCAAUGCUGGCUUAAGCUUUUGGGGGUUGUCAGAAACACCUGGAGGAAAAACAAGGUUUCUGGGCAGUGUUAGUCUUUUGUUUUGUUGGUACUUUGGACUUAUUUCCUCCCAAUAGCACAAACUAAGGGAAGUUGUAAAGAGAUCAACAAGAAGCUCCAGGGUUCAACCCAUAGAAAAAGGCGUACGCAUUUUUGUAAUGGAUUGAUUUUUAGGUCAUCUAAAGUUAAAUGUGAACAAAAUGAAGGUACAGAGGCAGUGUGCUUGUGAGAAAAAUAUGUGGCAUGCAGUGUUAGUGCAUUCUUGAUAACGAGUGAAUGGAUUUGAAUUUUCUAUCUUCUCCAGUGAUAACUUUACUGGAAGAGGAUAGUAAGUUUGUUUGCAAAAAUUAAUAUUUAUUUACUAGAGUAAUAGCUGUAAGUGCUACCAACUUACACUACACUUGUUUUCUUAGUUGUUGUAAUAGGAUGUGUGAAUGUGUGUGUUUUAAAAUGGUUGAAAAAAAUACCUUUUCCUUUUGUCCAUUUUGGGAUGCCUUUGCGAUAAUUUGCUUUUAGCCUGAUUUAGCAGUAUUGUGUGGUUGUGUCUUACCAAAGUUUGGUUCUGUUUGUGGGCCUUUAUUAAACUCGGAGAAGAACUGUUCUAAGCCAUAUCAUAUAUUCCUAAAAUAGUAUUACUCCUUAAUUACAGAAGGUCUCAGCACUUCAAUAUACUCUGAUAAAACUUAUGUUAGAGUUGUUACAGUUCCUUAUUUCAGGUUAUAAAUGUUCUUCUGUUAUAUAUCAGGGAUUUUUGUUUUGUUUUGUUUUUGGUUUGAGGUUCUGCAUUCUGUACUUCAGCCUCUUUAUAGAGAAAUGUUACUAUGUUCCUCUAGGUCUCUGCCAGAAAAUGCGGCAAUACAAAGGACAUUUUCAUUGUCAAAUUGUGAAAUGUAGAUUGUCAAGUUCAUUCUUUUCUGGGUUUCUGACAUCUUUCUACAAAGAAGUUGAAAUUAUAAGUUGAGAAAGUUGUUUUGAAGGUAAAGAGAUAGAAAUGAAGUGGCUAGAGGGAAUUGUGGAGUGUAUUUUUGACCUGUGUGGGAGUGUGAAGUUAUGUGUUGGCUAAUGCCUGAGCAAACUGUUGUAGGCUGUCUAUGGGGUGAAUUUGGACUGCAUGCCAACACACUUCCCCAACACAAAAGGCAUUUCUUUUAUGCCAUUUGUCCUAUUUAGUGAAUGUAAGGAUUUGGUGUGUGUUAAGAGCUGUGCGGGAAUGGUUUGUGUAUCAAAUUUCAGGAAAUUGCUCUGUUGUUCAGCUGUUUGUCUUUUUUUACAACUGAAUGCCAGUGUAUAGCCCAGCUUUUGUUUGCCCCUUGAGACAAAUAGGCUUCAUGAAUCAAGACACCAAAGCUACAGUCCAUAUUUCAGUUCAUCUUGAGAGCUCUAGGUUGCAUUUUAAUUGUCAAUUAGAUUGUAAACUGUUUUGGCUAUAAAGUUGAUUUUUAAAAUUGCAAGUUCUAUCUUCAUAUUUUUGAAUUCAUACAUUCAAUGGCAUUUAGUUGUUUUUCAAAGAAAAGGCAAGGCACAACACAUUUCUAUCUUGCUCUAAAUGUUGGUUUUCCUAGAUUUCUGGGACUCUGGUAAGAUGGAUUAAUGCAAAGGACAAAUGUAUUUACUCUUCGUGUACAAUAUUAUAAUAUGAACACAACCAGAAAGGCUCAAAUUGUGCACCAGUUAAAACAAGGAAGAGAUUGAUAUACCUAUAAAAAUAGUAGAUGAGAGAAACUGCAUAAGUAAUAAACACCAAUAGCUUUCUUGACAGGUUUCACUACCCUAUUUUGUUUCUGUGGGAUGAUGUGUGUGGUUUUUCUCAUGAGUAAAGAUGUGUGAACUCACAUGCACAUAAUGACUUGGUCUUUCCUUUCCUUUUUACUACAAGCUGUGAACUAAAUAAACAAAAAGAAAAAAGAAAAUAAAUAUACUUUAUAACAAGAGAA